GUGCGGAGCUUCCACCGUUCUUGCCGUCUGGUCCCCGGCCAUCACUGUUUGGAAGCGCAUCGCAGCUGGCAGAGGUCUCCUGGGAAGUGACGCCUGAAGAGCGUGAAGGUUUGCAGCAGCUCUUCCUUUCUGCGCCCCGGGACGGCGGGUUCCUGGCUGCAGCAGAUGCAGGGCAAAUUCUGGAGAGGUCACAGCUGCCACGCUCAGAGCUUUCGCAGAUUUGGAGCCUAUCUGAUGUGGACGGUGACGGGCGCCUCCGUUUCGGCGAGUUCAUGUGCGCGAUGACUCUUGCAGAGAGGCGUCGCCAGGGUGCCGCCCUGCCCUCCUUGCUACCUGUGGCUUUGCAGGCCGUGUCCCUGGCGAGAUGCCCAGAAGAACCGGUCGAAGACCUGCCUUCCAUAGGGCCUCAAGUGGCGGGCGAUGUGGGUGCGCGAGACCCUGGAGACCGGCGCCUGGAGGACGAAAGCAUUGCACCCAUCCAGCCGGCAGGCUCAGGUGAUGCACUCUGGGAGCCUUCGGCCGACGAGCUCGGCGACUACAAGCAGCUCUUCCUGCGCCUGGUGGGCGACGCAGACGCCCUCCUCGGGGCCCAGGGAGGUAAGGAGGUGCUGGAGCGCAGCGGUCUCCCUCUGACAGAGCUGGCAGCCAUUUGGAACCUCUCCGAUGUGGACGGAGAUGGCGAGCUGGCCUUGUGCGAGUUCGCCUGUGCCAUGCACCUCACAGCCAGGCGUCGUGCCGGCGCUGUCCUGCCGGAGGAGCUGCCUUCACCUCUGACAAGGCUGGUGGCGGGCGCGGUGCAGUUUCCAGAGAUUGCAAAUUCGCUUCCUGCAGAAGAUGACUCCAGAUGGGCGAUCGAUCCGGAGCUUCUCAACCAGUAUCGGCAGAUCUUUGACGGCAUUGAGCGCCGCCAUGCCGACUCGCUCAGCGCAGUGGAAGCGCAGGAGGUUCUGCAGCGGUCGAGGCUUCCGAACCAGGAGCUGGAGGCGAUCUGGCAGCUCAGUGACGUGGACCAGGACGGAGAGCUGUGCUUCGAAGAGUUCGCUUGCGCGAUCCACCUGGCAUCCUUGAGGAGAGAGGGCGAAGAGCUUCCGUCCCAGCUGCCACCAGCGCUGGCAGCGAGCCUCGCCAACAGCACAGGCGGAGACAGCACAGACAUUUGGUCCCUCGAUCCGGUGGAGCUGCAGCGGUACAGCGAGCUCUUCGCAUCACUUCCCAGGCAGGGCGAUGUACUUGCCGCUGAAGAUGCCAAGGAGGUGUUGGAGCGUUCCGGACUUCCGACGGAAGAGCUGCGCCAGAUUUGGAGGCUGGGUGCCCGCUAG